AAAGAAGCAGGCGCUCGGAGGCGGGCAGCACCGGUGACGCCUUCUAGAUGGCAGCUAGCUAAGCAGCCUGAGGGCCUUGCCUUCCACCCCUCCCCAGCUUGAGUCACCCGGGCAACCAGCAGACCAGCCAAUCAGCGCACCGCCGGAGCCAUGGCUGUCAGAAAGGCACUGAUCGUACUGGCCCACUCGGAGAGGACAUCCUUCAACUAUGCCAUGAAGGAGGCUGCCAUAGAGGCUUUGAAGAGGAAAGGAUGGGAGGUCACUGUGUCGGACCUGUAUGCCAUGAACUUCAAUCCCGUCAUCUCCAGAAAGGACAUCACAGGUAAACUGAAGGACCCCGGGAACUUUCAGUAUCCUGCCGAGACUGUUUUAGCUUAUAAAGAAGGCCGUCUGAGCCCAGAUAUUGUGGUCGAACAAAAGAAGCUGGAAGCUGCAGACCUUGUGAUUUUUCAGUUCCCCCUGCAGUGGUUUGGAGUCCCUGCCAUCCUGAAAGGCUGGUUUGAGCGGGUGCUCAUAGGGGAGUUCGCUUACAAGUAUGCUGCCAUGUAUGAUAAGGGGCCUUUUCGGAAUAAGAAGGCAGUGCUUUCUAUCACCACUGGUGGCAGCGGCUCCAUGUACUCUCUGCAUGGUAUCCAUGGGGACAUGAACAUCAUUCUCUGGCCAAUUCAGAGUGGCACUCUGCACUUCUGUGGCUUCCAAGUCUUGGAACCUCAACUGACAUAUAGCAUUGGGCACACUCCCGAGGAUGCCCGAGUUCAGAUCCUGGAAGGAUGGAAGAAACGCCUGGAGAAUAUUUGGGAUGAGAUGCCACUGUAUUUUGCUCCAAGUAGCCUCUUUGACCUAAAUUUCCAGGCAGGAUUCUUAAUGAAAAAGGAGGUGCAGGAUGAGCAGAAAAGUAAGAAAUUUGGCCUUUCUGUGGGCCAUCACUUGGGCAAGUCCAUCCCAAUGGACAACCAGAUCAAAGCCAUAAAAUAAGAUUCACAAGACCGGACUUCCUUCUAAAAAUGUAACCUAAUCUUGGUUUCUAUUUUGAGCUUCCUUGAUUUGCUUUAGUUUUUAAGAUCUGUGUUUUUCUUUUUCCAUGAGGAAUGAAUAGUAGAGAACAGACUAAAUUCAUAUGUUUUUGGAUAGCUUUAUUAAAUAAUGUAACCAAUUCUUACAACUGCUAUCAUGGCAAAAUCUGAUUAGGCUCAAAAGGGCUCUUAGGAUGUAAAGCCAGACAGAAAGGUAGAAAGAUGCCAGACAGUAUUCUUUAAGGCCCUCUACACAAUUUAAUUCCUCUCUCUUUAGGGAUAUAUUUUUAGGAAUAAAUCUGGCUAGAGAACAUCCACCUCCUCAAUGAUCUAUUUUUCUUUAAUUACCUCUCUGUGGUUUAUGACAGAAGGUUUAUGGCAGAGGAAGAAAUGACAGAAUCUGUCUGACCUAAGGGACUUGCUUAAUAAUUGCUACUCUCUGCUUGUUUGUGAUACAUUAUUAGCUUUAUUACUACACAAUGAUUACCAUGCCUAUAUAGGAAUGUCCUUCUUCCUUCAACUUUUGUUGUUAGUUAACACAGAUACCUUGAAAUGAAAAGUUAAUAAAAAUCUUUUUCACUUCAAUCUUCUGAUUUAGUAUCUGCAAAUAAACCAAGACAUCUAUAACUACAUCUGCUAUAAUGCAUGAAUUCACAAAAAGAAAUAGUACUCCUAAUACCUAAAAACAGCCUUCCACAAAUAGUACUUCAUUUUUUGAUCCAUAUAACUAACCUGGAAAUUUUCCCCGUAUCAUUUAUAAACUGAUGACUUUCAAGGAUGUGUCUUGGUUCCAUGAAUCUGGGGGCAAAAUUAUAAGCCUAGAGUUUCACUAACUUUGGUGAACGAUUUUGGCAUUCAUAAUCUAACUUCCCGUUUAAAUAACUGAGGUGCAUGUCUACUAAGUGUUGGUAUAAUCCAAGUUGAAAAUGAUGAAAGAAUGCCCUCUUGUGGUCCAGAGAAAGAAAACAGGAGAAACGAUGCAAAGCAAGGUUGCCUCUUACCUGCCAAGGAAAUGAUGGCGUCAGGCAGGAGAACCUCAUGUACCAGACGCCAGCAAGCAUUGGGUAUUCUUUCCACAAAAUUCACAAUGGCAGAUGGCUGGAUGCUUCAGUUUGAAAACAUGAAAAUGUUUUCUUUUGCCUUUAUCCUCACUGCAGUUUUAUGUAAAUUUCUAAAAGUUCCAAAUAAAAUCCAUUUCUAUAAAACAAACUCAAAUUCACUGGUUUAAGGCAAAAGUGGAAUCUACCAGGGAAGGGAUCAGAGGAUUCAGUGAUAAACUGUGGCCAGAAGCCUAAACAGUGACUUGACUUGAGAGCUUGCCCAAUAGGGCUGCUUCAUUCUGAAUGGUAAUGGAACCUAUUAAGAUUCUCUCAAGGGAUUUAAAGGACAUUUAAGAAGAUCGAGGAAGGAGUACUUAUUCACUAAGUCAUGUCUCUUUGCGACCCUGUGGACUGUAGCUGGCCAGGCUCCUCUGACAAUGGGAUUUCCCAGGGAAGAAUACUAGAGUGGGUUGCUAUUUCCUUCUCCAGGAGUCUUCCCAACCCAGGGAUCAUGAGAGUGGUAUAGAAAUCAAGAAAAACACGGAAUGUAAUAAAUAAAUGCCAAGGGGCAAUAUUUAUUGUGACUUGACUGAAUUAUCUUGAUUAAUCAAUGGGGCAGGCAUUCUUCUAGGCACUGGAAAUAUACAACAGCAGACAAAAUACCUAUCCUCAUGGAGGUUUGCAUUCCAUGAUAGAAGAACAAAUGUCAGUCAGGUGAUAAAUGCUAGAGAGGGAGAGCAGGUAAGAGGGUUAGAUAUGCGAUCCGAGUUUUAUACAGGGUGAUCAAGAAAGAUCUAAUAAGGUUAUAUUUGAGCCAAGACUUGAUAACAUUAAGAAACUGAGACAUGUAGAUCCCUGAAGUAUAGGCAUACCGGGAGUGAUGUGAGCACAAACCCAUGAGGUAGCAGCAUGAUCAGUCUGUUUUAGGGAGGGAAAGGAACUUAGUGUGACCAAAGCAGAGAAAGCAAGAGAAGGAUGGGUCAGACACACAGCUGGGACAGACCACAAAGGGCCUUACAAGCAUUGUGAAAUGCAGAACACAGGAAGUCAGUCACUGGAUGGUUUUGAGCAAAGGUGUAACAUAGGACUUAUGUUUAAAUCUAGUUGGUAAGUGAAGAAUCAAGUAUGAGGAGCAAUGAGAGAAGUAGGGAGAAUUGCUGGGAAACUCUUAUGACAAUCAAGGCAACAAAUGCUUUGGUUCAAAGUGAUAGCAAUAGCUGUAUUGAGAAGUGGCUGGAUUCUGGAUAUAUUUCAAAGGUCAGAGUAACAUGAUCUGAUGACAGAUUGUAUAAAGGUCAAAAAACACAAACCCUCAGAGGUAUUUUGGCUUAAACAACUGGAAGAAUGGAUAUUUCAUUUUGCUCAAAUGAGGAAGAAUCUGGAAAGAGUAUUGGGUGCAGAAGAUGGGGAUGGGAAGGGGAAAAUCAAAAUUUGAUUUCAGACAUGUUAUGUCUGAGAUGCCUGUUGUGACUGUCAAGUAGACAGUUGGGUAAGAGGAACUUGGAGUAAAGUCAACACGUAGAAGUAUAUAAAGCAGUGUGACUGGAUGGGAUCAACUGGAAAUUGAGUUAUGAUAGAGAAGAGAUCUAAUGAUCGACUUCUAGAGGUCUCCAACAUUAGAAGGUCAAGAUGAUAAGAGAAAAGGCCAAUGAAGCGAGAGAGAUGAGCGUCGUGUCCUGAAAGCCAAGGGAAGAAAGUUGUUUCAAAGACUGUCAAAUACUACUGAUAAGCUGAGUGACUGAAACGGGCAUGGGAAUUGACUUUUGAGAGGCCAUUGGUGGUGCUGACAAGAGCUACUUCUGGAGAGUGGGGUGAUAAAACCUGAUUGGAAUGGGUUUAAGAGGGAAUGGAAAGAGAGGAAGUGGAAAUAGUGUAUAUGCGAGAUGUGUGAUCAAAGAAAAUUGUUUUUUGAGAUGAGGAACAUUACAGAAAAUUCAUAUUCUAGUGGGUACGAGAAAAGGUUUUGAUGCUGGAGAAACAGGGUAAUUAUAUAUAUAAAACUGAAUCCCUUUGCUGUUUACCUGAAACUAACACAACACUGUAAGUCAACUAUACUCCAACAGAAAAUAAAAAUCCAAUAAAAAUAUGAAUUAAAAUUAAAAAGUAAAUUACAAAUAAAAAAAGAAAGAGGAUAAUUAAAGGACCAUGUAUUUGGAAAAGCAAAAGGAUAUGGAUCCAGUGCACCAGAGGCAGAAGAACAAAGCAGUAUCAGGACUAGUAUGACUAAUACAGAGUUAACACUUACUAGGCACUUAGCUCCUGUGUACCAGGAACUAAGUAGUUUUAUGCUGAUUAACUUAUGUAAUUUUUAUAACAACCCUUAGGGGAUCAUUCUAGUUUUCUUCCCACCUUAUAAAGAAACUGAGGAAUGGAGAGGUUAAACCUUUGGUAUAGGAGCCAGAACUUUACCCAAGAGGCAAACUCAAGAGCCUAUGUUUUUAAAUACUAUUGUGCCUCAGAACAGGCAGGGACAAUGACACCAUGAAAUAGAGCACAGCAGUAAUCAGCUGUCUUCCUGAAAGACCAUAAAUGUUGCUAUUGAGAAACUAUAGUGAUUUUUAAAUUGGAGGAUAAUUGUUUUACAAUGUUGUGGUGGUUUCUGCCAUAUAACACCACGAAUCAGCCAUAAGUUGUGUGUGUGUGUGUGUGUAUCCCCUCUCUCUUGAGCCACCCUCUCCCUGUCCCCAUGCCACCUCUCUAAGUUAUCACAGAGUGCCAGGCUAGGCUCCUUGUGUUAUAUACAGCAGUUUCCCACUAGCCAUCUAAUUUACACAUGGUAGUAUAUAUUUGUCAGUAGCUGCUUUUACACUUCUAAAGUCCCCCUGUAUCCCUAAGCAGGGAUAAAUGAUGUUCAGUUCUCUGACAGGCCUAAUUAUAUGGCUGCUGAGAAUUGUUUGCUCCUCACGAGUUGACAAAGCAGGACUCCUAUCAGCUUGGAGUAAAGCAAGAAAACUCUCUCCCUUGUUCUGGACACUGUAACUUAGAUUAUGUAACCCAGGACCACAUCAGCCUUUCUGGCAGCCACUUGUAGUUCCAUCUUCAGAUCAAAAAUACCCAAAUAUUUUUGAUAUUUAUACUUACUAAAUUGCAUUUGGUUACUACUUCUUUCCAAUGUUGCUGAAGUCCAUAAAUGCUAAAAGACAACUUUUAAACAUAUUUAGAACAAUGGCAGCAGUGUUCACACACACACACACACACAUAUAUGUUUAAAAAUAAUGUUUACCCAUGUAAAUGACCUAAAAUCAUUCUGAAUGAUUAACUUACAGAAGAAUAAAAAGAGACUGCCUCUGGAUGUGGGACUGAGGGCUGGGGAGACUUUGUUUUCAUCAAAAGCACCUCCACAAUUCAUAACUUGUCACUACAUGUACAUAUUAUUUUACUAAACAUGAAACACUUUAAGUAAAACAAAAAUUCUAUCACACCAAGUCACUUUUGUACACUACCUGGUAAAAGAGUAAGUACAAAGUCACUAUUAAAAAUAUUUCUGUAUUUCAUACCUUUUCCUAAUGACUUUAAGUUCAGUCACAUAUUCAUGUUGUUAAAAACUGACAUUCUUAGAUAUGACUUCAUUCGCAAAGUCUGAGGAAAAAAGACAGUUAACCACUACAAAAUGAAAACUUUCAAUGUUUUAUUUUUGACUGCAGCUGUUUACAGAAAUAUAGUUGCGAGUAUACAAAUGUUCCAAUAGAAGCAAAAUAUCUUUUUAAUAUUUAACAAGUUAUCACAGAUAGCUAAAAACAUAGAUGCAAAUGAAGUUCCCCCAGAGAAUAAACUGAAGUAUCUGGUGUCAGUGCUCUGAAAUACCAACUAUGAAAGCCAUAUACACAAAAAUGUAACCCUUAUAUCAUUGCAGGACAAUGGAAGAAGGCAGCUCAGUGGUUGAUCAGUGUACUCAAGCAAAUAAA